AUGUUGCACUUGUUAACACGGUUUUUAUUCGCAGAAUGGAAGGAGGCUUUUUCCCUGUAUGACAAAAAGGGAAAUAGCACCGUGUCCUCUUCAAAUCUCGGCGAUUUGCUUAGAGGUCUCGGCCAGAACCCCACACAGGCCGAAGUACGUGAGCUGGUUAAGUCGGUUGAUAUCGACUUUGGUACAUUCUUGACCAUUCUUACCCGACCAGAUGGUUUCCGACCUGCUGGAUCAUCCCAGGAAUUUAUCCAGGGUUUCCAGGUGUUUGAUAAGGAAGGCGAUGGUUAUAUCUCGGCUGGUGAACUCCGUUACGUCUUGACAAACCUUGGCGAGAAGUUGACAGACGAGGAGGUUGAUGAACUCCUUAAGGAGGUAGAAGUCGGCAAGGAUGGUCGUAUUAACUACGUUGACUUUGUUACUAUUGUUCUUUCCAACUAA